AUGGCUAGACAGUGGAUUUUGACAGGCCAGGAAGGCUUUGAAAAGUCACUCGAAUACCAAGACAACAUCAGCAUACCCUCAGUCCAAGACUUGGGUCCUCAUGAAGUGCUUGUCAAACUCUACGCCGCGAGUCUCAACUAUCGCGAGAUAAACAUUGCGAAGCCUGGGAGUAUCAAUGGUCCAAUUACUCCACCCAUCGUUCCUGGCUGUGAUGGCGUGGGCACGGUUGAGGCCGUCGGGUCUUCCGUCCACGAGUUCCGCGCAGGAGAUCGAGUGAUCACGACUUGUGUAGUAAAACCAGUCAAUGAGUCUGAAGGCGAUGAUGCCCAGGCUACGAUGUUAGAUGUCCCAAACUGCCUUGGCCAAGGGACAGACGGUACAAUUCGAUCCUGGGCGACUUUUCCUGCAACAGCCCUUGUGCACGCUCCAAAGUCGUUGGACUGGUUGCCAGCGGCGACCUUGUCAUGCAACUGGGUGACAGCGUGGAAUGCGCUCUUCGGCUUGAAAGGAAACCAGGCGGGGCCAGGCUCAUGGGUGCUCGUUCAGGGCACGGGUGGUGUGAGCAUCGCUGUCCUACAGAUUGCUGUCGCUGCCGGUGCUACGGUUGUGGCUACCACCUCAACAGAGGAAAAAGCGGCUCGCCUCAAGGCCCUUGGCGCAGCUCAUGUGGUCAACUAUCGAACACACCAAAACUGGGGCGAAGAGGCACGGCGAUUGACACCUAGCGGACGGGGGUUUGAUUUCAUAAUUGAGAUUGGCGGGUAUGAAACCUUGCCUCAAUCCUUCGCCGCGGUCCGCGUGGACGGUAUCGUUCUAGUGAUAGGCUUUGUCGGUGAUGAUUCUCCUCCUGUUUCUGUUCUUUCCGCCUUGAUCCAUACCUGCGUUAUUCGCGGUCUACUCGGAGGCAGCCGAAACCAACUUCGAGAUGCCGUUCGCUUCAUUGACGAGAAAAAGAUUGUGCCUGCGAUCGACGAUGUGGUGUUCGAGCUUGCGGAGGCAAAGAGUGCCUAUCAACGCCUGGCGGAGAAGAAGCAUUUCGCCAAGGUUGUCAUUCGCAUCGAUCAUCCUAACUAG